AUGUGGAAGACGCCAUAUUCGAGACUGGUGUGAAAAACGUUUUCUCGAUGAGAGAAAUAGAUUUCAUGCCAGAUUUGGUAAUAGCCAGAUUUGUAGCGGAAAGAAACUUGGUGUCAGGUUACAGCAAACGGACGUUACCAGUUGCAGAUUCUUCCAAAGCUGAAGGUAACUUGACAUUAGAGUUGAUCACUCAUCGCUUUGUGGGCCAAAACCCUUCAGAGCGAGUAUCCUUAGAUAUGUGGAUGCCAACCAUGGACUUUCUGUAUAAAGCUAAUCUGUACCCUGACAAGAUCUCAAACCUCAUGGGGAAGCAUAUCACGAUGACAACAAUGCACUACCCACCACUAACUGUCAUUGACGAAAACGCAGACCCUCCGAUUUACGACGGACUUGAGCUACGUUUCAUAUACGAGUGGGCGCGGGCGGUCAACUUCACCUGGAGCAUCGUGUAUGAUGGCGGAUGGUGGGGCGACGUAUGGCCCAAUGGUAGUGGAGACGGUCUCUGCGGACUGGUAUCUUCGGACAUCGCAGAUGUCGGAUUUUCAGCCAUCUACCUUUGGGAUAACGCACAUCUUUUUCUUGAUUUCAGUUCGAUCUACUUCGGAUCUUCCCUUACAGUCGUGACUCCAAGACCGAAACUGCUGCCAGGGUGGAUGGUUCCAAUUCACCCAUUCAACCCCGACAUGUGGUACGCAGUUGGAAUGUCCGUCAUUGGGUGCACACUAGCGCUCUAUAUAACAUCCAAAACUUCGAUGAGACUAUUGGGGAGAGGAACACGAAAUAACGUUGUUAACCUGUACUCCACCUGGGUGGAGUGUGCUUUCCGCACCAUGGGCUUGCUGGUGCUGCAAGUACCACCGGACGAGCGGGACUUCAGCACUCCCCGGCAUGUGCCAAUGCGCCAUCUUGUCACUUGGCUCAUACUCUUCUACUUUGUGGUCACCACGGCUUAUUGUGGUGGCCUUGCAACUGUCCUCACUUUGCCAAGGUACGAAAAGCCGAUUGAAUCAGUCAGCGAUUUAGCUGAUCACAACUUGAUCUGGGGAGGCAUGGAUGAUGCUUUCACAUUCAUCAUGAGAGGCUCUUCAGAUCCAAAAAUGCAGACUGUAGUAAGAAAUUUCCGUCUUGAGAGCGAAGAAUAUCUUACCGCCAGGGCAAAAGUUGGAGAUAUGGGCUUUGUGAUUGAAAGAAUGCUUGGAGGUCACUUUUAUAUGCCAUCCUUUGUAAAUGAAGAAACGAUGCAACGUCUGCGCGUGAUGAAAGGGAAUUUGUAUUUUUCACACACUGUCUACGUACUUCGCAAAGGAUCGCCCCUUGAAACGUCCAUCAAUAACAUGAUACAGUGGGUCCGAGAUGCUGGAUUGUUUGUGUUCUGGGAGGGUCUGACAGUGAGAAAUUACAUGUCUUCCCCACGCCAACAUUCAGUCAUCAACAGUCGUAAUGAGGAGGACAUGGGUCCUACAAAACUCCUUCUUCAACACGUCUCUGGUGCAUUCUACAUGUUGGGAUUUGGUCUGGCUGUAAGUCUGGUGAUUCUCAUUUUCGAACUUGUAAGAUUCAAGUUUCGGCAAAUAGUUGAAAAGUGAUUAAAUAAAAUUAGGUACAUACAACAUAAGAACGUGUGAGGAAUCUCGACACAAUCUUGGUGGAGCUUAUUUCUGAUAUGGUAUUUCAACAUGUAUUAUAAACACGCAUAUAAAAGAACAGUUUUUGUUGCUUUGCAUUUGUUCAAAAGACUUCGUCAGUCUAUUAAAAACAAUAGAAUGUCCACACA